UGUUGCUAAUACUUGCACGUGUGAUAUGAAUAUGGAAUAAUGAAAAUGGACAGUAGAGUUUGCCGUUGUAAAUUUGAAAAUGAUGGUCAAUUUUUCGCCCUGAUUACUCCAGAUGGUCGUCUUAAGGUUUGGGAUUGUAAUAAUGGUAAACUAAAGCACGAUGUUACCCCAAAAAGUAGCUUACAGAGCUCACCUCUUACAUGUCUUUCGUGGAGAGUCAGCGAAAAAAUUCAAACGAAACGUCGUAAGAGAAAAGCCAAUGAAAAUAUCUCUCUAUUGGAAUCAUCUUGUGAGAUUGCAGUUGGAAGUAAAUGUGGGAACAUUUUAGUGUUCAAUGUUUUGACUGGUGAAUUUACAAAUAAUCUGAAAGAAGGACACGUGGACAGAGUGAAUGAUGUUAAAUUUCAUAGAACUUCAAAUUUUAUUUAUUCUUGUUCAAGCGAUCGUUACAUUGCCGAAUGGGAUAUGGAGACAAAGGAAAUUAAAUGCAAGUGGAAAGGUGACAAAUUAAGUGUUCAUUCCCUACAAGUAAGCCCGAAAGGAGAUUGCUUGUUAUCUGCUGGUCAUGAUAUUCGUUUAUGGGACUUGGAAACUAAAGAAAUUCUUCAAAAAUUUACUGGUCAUGCAACGUCCGUAUCUCAACUUUUGUUCACUCAACUUAAAAAUGAUCAAAUGUCCAGCUCAUGUAAAACAGAUGGUUUUUAUUUUCUGUCGUCUGCUGAACAAGAUAGAUUUGUUAAUGCUUGGAAAGUCGAUUUGAAAUCUGCUGAUAGGAGCUCUGUUGUUUCAUUUGCAAUAUCCGACGAAGCUGUCUCUAUUGAAAUCUCUCGAUUUAGUGGAAAAUCAAAAACCUUCUGCUUAGUUGUUGUAUCAUUAGAUGGUCAACUUCAAUUAUUUAAACCAACACUUAAUGGACCUGUGAAAAAACCAGUUAAUCCACAAACAACAUUACAACUAGCUACACCAGCAACAAAGGAAACAACACCUGAGCCGAUUCCUGUUAUAUCUGCUCAAUUUGUUGAUGGUUUGGAGCCUUCACUGCUUAUUGCUUAUGGAUCUGUGGCAAAACCAGUUUUUGAAACCAUUAACUACGAAACCUUGGAUGACAAUGUUUGUCUGGUGCGAGAUUACAGGCCUGGCUUACUUCUUAGAGAAGAAAAUAACAAUGAAAGAUCUGGCACAAACAAAGCUGUUGUGAAGAAUGAUCUUAUAACAACCCUUAGUGUUGAGAAUAUGGCUCUUGCUCAGCCGUCAUGUGGAGAAAGUGGUAGUAGUACUCAUAUAAAUGAGGAAUCAACAAGAAAUAGAAGCAACGAGCCGUCGAUGGAAGAUCGUUUAAAAACAAUGAGUUUAACACCGUCAACGUCCGAGGGAACAACUUCUACAAGAGGCUCAACUCCAAAAGUUGGUUCUUUAACUCAGAUGCUCGUUCAAGCAUUAAAUAGUCAAGAUAAAAAACUGCUCGAGGACGUUCUGAAUGGCAGCACAAAACCUAAAGUUAUUCAGAGUACUUUACGACGUUUACCUGUGAAUUAUGUUAUUCCGUUUUUGACAGAGCUAGUACAACGUAUACAAUCCUCGCCGUCGAGAAGCAGUUAUCUGGUACCGUGGAUUAAAAAUAUAAUGAGCAUACAUAUGGCAUAUUUGAUGACCGUACCGAAUCUUGUUGAUUCACUUGGUGGUUUAUAUCAACUUUUUGAAUCACGAGUUGGUAUUCACAGUCGUCUAUGUAAGCUACAAGGUCGCUUGGAUUUAAUGUUGUCUCAGGUUGUAGCUCAAACAGACGAAGUUAUUGAGAAAGAUCAAUUGAAUGAACCAAUGAUGAUGUACAAAGAAGAUGAUCCAGUUGGUUGUUGUCUUGAUUAUGAACUUGGACAAUCGGUGAAGCAGAACACACCUGCUUGAGCAUACUGCGCAUGCGUAGAUGUCUUUUUAAAGUGUUAUCAAGCAUGAUAUUACUUCAAAAUCGGUGCUAGAAGUACAGUUGGUCGUUGUCUUGACUAUAAACUCGAAUAAUUGGUCAAGUGGAACACGCAUGAACGAGUGGACUGUGCGUGCGCACAUGAUUUAUUAAAUUGUUCCUAAGAAUGCUAUUUCUGUUGGAAAAGUAGAAAGCAUUUACAUACAUAAUCUUAUGUGGAUAAACCAAUUGAAAAAAGACCCCAUCCACAGAAAAAUAUUGCAUACAAAGAAACAGUUUAUAAAAACGAAGACUUUGAUCCACUGGAAGCUACGGAAGCAGCCGUUGAUAAGAGAAAGCUCCUUAUUAACAGACUUUUAAAAGACUACAGCUUUACUGACGCUGUCAAUGAUGAAGAUGAUUAAAUGUGAUCAAAGAAUUUUUGUUAUGAGAACUUUGAAUUAUGUUAAUAUUUUAAUGUUGAAUAAAUUAAAAUCAACUGUUGUUUA